AUGAAGUUUAAGUACAAAAACAAUGUUCCCAUUGAUGUACAGGCUCACCCUGGCAAAUAUACCAUUGAAAAUCGAUAUGGAUUGCACUCCCUGGAGAUUAGCACAUGUGAUUUUGAUGACAUUGCUCAGUACCGGGCAUCUGCUAUGAAUGUUAAAGGAGAAAUUUCGGCUUAUGCUUCCCUUGUGGUAAAGAGGUACAAAGGAGAAAUUGAUGCAAGUCAUUUGCAUGCUGGGACGUUUUCCAUGCCUCUGAGCCUUGGUGUUACCCCACAUGGCUUCGCUUCCAGGUUUGAAAUCAAAUUUAUUGACAAGUUUGAGGUAAUGUUUGGGAGAGAAGGUGAGACGAUGAGUUUGGGCUGCACGGUUGUCAUCAGUCCUGAUAUCAAGCGCUUCAAACCAGACAUCGAGUGGUACCGAAAUGGUGUUCUUAUUACACCAUCCAAAUGGGUCCAGAUGCACUGGACUGGGGAGAGAGCUUCGUUAACACUGACUCAUGCGAACAAGGAAGAUGAAGGUCUUUACACUCUGCGUGUUGUGAUGGGAGAAUACUAUGAAGAGUACAGUGGUUAUGUCUUCGUUCGAGAUGCUGAUGCUGAGAUCCCAGGAGCCCCUGGCGCACCACUAGAUGUGCAGUGCUUAGAUGCCAACAAGGAUUAUGUCAUUGUGUCUUGGAAGCAGCCAGCUGUUGAUGGAGGAAACCCCAUCCUCGGAUACUUCAUUGACAGAUGUGAGGUUGGCACCACCCACUGGACCCAGUGCAAUGAGACUCCGGUGAAGUUUGCUCGUUUUCCUGUCACUGGUUUGAUCGAGGGCCGCUCCUACAUCUUUCGAGUCCGAGCAGUGAACAGAGCUGGUGUUAGCCUACCAUCCCGUGUGUCAGAGGCUGUAGCUGCCCUGGAUCCCGCAGACAGAGCCAGACUGAGAAGUCACCCUUCUGCUCCUUGGACAGGACAGAUUAUUGUCACUGAGGAAGAACCUGCAGAGGGUGUCAUUCCUGGUCCACCUACAGAUCUCCAAGUUAUUGAAGCUACCAAGAACUAUGUUGUGCUGAGCUGGAAACCUCCUGGCCAGCGGGGCCAUGAGGGUAUCAUGUACUUUGUGGAAAAGUGCAUUGCUGGCACAGAGGACUGGCAAAGGGUGAACACCGAGAUCCCUGUGAAGUCCCCUCGCUUUGCAGUUUUUGAUUUGUCUGAAGGCAAAUCCUAUUGCUUCCGGGUUCGCUGUUGCAAUUCAGCUGGAAUUGGUGAGCCUUCAGAAGCAACUGAAGCCACUGUGGUGGAUGACAAACUUGAUAUUCCCAAACCUCCUGGCCGUAUUAUGCCAACUAGAAACACAGACACCUCUGUGGUUGUCACUUGGACAGAACCCCCAGAUGCCAAGGAGUUGGUUGGAUAUUACAUUGAGUCAAGCGUGGUUGGAUCUGGUCAUUGGGAACCAUGCAACAACAAUCCAGUCAAAGGCACAAGAUUCAUUUGCCAUGGGCUUGUCAACGGUGAGAAGUACAUUUUCAGAGUCAGGGCUGUUAAUGCAGCUGGACUCAGUGAAUUUUCCCAGGAUUCAGAGCCUAUAGAAGUGCAAGCAGCCAUUGGGGGAGGAUUGCUUCAUGCUGCUCCAUCUCCACCAUAUGACAUCACGGUCCUUGAGAGUGUUCGAGACUCCAUGGUGUUAGGAUGGAAACAACCCAAAGCCACUGGGGGAACUGAAAUUACUGGCUACUACGUGAACUAUCGUGAAGUGAUUGGUGGAGUUCCUGGGAAAUGGAGGGAGGCCAACAUUAAAGCCAUUAGCGAGAGGGCAUAUAGGAUUGAAAACCUGAAGGAAAACAUGGUGUACCAGUUCCAGGUGGCUGCUGCUAACCUGGCUGGGGUUGGGACACCCUCCCUGCCCAGCAAGCCCUUCAAAUGUGAAGAAUGGACCAUUGCUGUACCUGGGCCACCUCACGAUGUCACAUACACAGAAGUUAGGAAGGACUCCUUGGUAUUACUGUGGAAGGAACCAGUUUAUACUGGUCGUAGUCCUAUAGCUGGUUAUUACAUUGAUAUGAAGGAAACUGAAGCAAAGGAGGAACAUUGGAGAAGCGUCAAUGAGAAGCCACUUCAAAAGAAAUUCUUGAAGAUAGCUGGUCUAACAGAAGGGGUGAGCUAUGUGUUCCGUGUGCGGGCGACAAACCAGGCUGGUGUUGGGAGACCAUCGGAUAUCACUGAUCCUGUUGUGGCUGAGACACGACCAGGAACUAAGGAAGUGGUGGUUAAUGUGGAUGACGAUGGAGUCAUUUCCUUGAACUUUGAAUGUGAUCAGAUGUCUCCAAACUCUAAGUUUGUUUGGUCCAAGAACUAUGAACCAAUUGAGGAUGACUCUCGACUGGACAUCGAUUCCAAAGGCGGAAAGUCAAAAGCAAUCUUCAAGAAUCUUGGGGAAGAUGAUUUGGGAAUUUAUUCCUGUGUUGUUACAGACACCGAUGGAGUUUCGUCAGGCUACACAAUUGAUGAAGAAGAAAUGAAACGCCUGCUUGCUCUGAGCCAUGAACGCAAAUUCCCAACUAUUCCACUUGCCUCCGAGCUGGCAGUAGAAAUUCUGGAAAAAGGAGAAGUGAGAUUCUGGUUGCAAGCUGAAAAAUUGUCUGGCAAUGCAAAGGCCAACUUUGUAUUUAAUGACAAGGAAAUUUUUAAUGGAGAGAAAUAUAAGAUGAAGGUGGACCAGCGUACUGGCCUUGUUGAAAUGAUUAUGGAUAAACUUGAGGACAAGGAUGAAGGGACUUACACUUUCCAACUGCAGGAUGGAAAAGCAACCAAUCAGUCCAGCCUGGUCCUCAUCGGUGAUGUAUUCAAGAAGUUGCGAGAUGAAGCAGAAUUCCAGAGAAAAGAGUGGCAUAGGAAACAAGGUCCUCAUUUUGUGGAUCAGCUGGGAUGGGAAGUUACUGAUGAGUGUAACGUGAUGCUGAAAUGUAAGGUGGCUAAUAUUAAGAAGGAAACACAUAUUGUAUGGUACAAAGAUGACAGGGAGAUAAUGGUAGAUGAAGAGCAUGACUUUAAAGAUGGUGUGUGCACCCUGCUGAUAUCGGAGUUUUCUAAGAAAGACACUGGAAUUUAUGAAGUCAUACUGAAGGAUGACAGAGGGAAGGACGUCAGUGAGCUGAAACUUACAGACACAGCUUUUGCAGAUCUGAUGAAUGAAGUAUGCAGAAGGAUUGCUUUAUCUGCAACAGAUCUGAAAAUCCAGAGCACAGCCGAGGGCAUCAGGCUGUACUCCUUUGUCACCUAUUAUGUGGAUGAUCUGAGAGUAGGCUGGGUGCACAACGAUACCCAGAUUAGGUAUACAGACAGAGUGAAGACUGGUGUCACUGGGGAACAGAUCUGGCUGCAGAUCAAUGAGCCAACUCCACAAGACAAAGGCAAAUACACAAUGGAACUCUUUGAUGGUAAAACUGGACACAAAAAGACAGUGGAUCUUUCUGGGCAAGCAUUUGAUGAAGCCUUUGCCGAGUUCCAGAGAUUAAAGCAAGCUGCAAUUGCAGAGAAAAAUCGCGCCCGGGUGCUUGGAGGUUUGCCCGAUGUUGUCACCAUCCAGGAAGGCAAGGCACUCAAUCUGUCUUGCACUGUCUGGGGAGAUCCUACCCCAGAAGUCUCAUGGCUGAAGAACGAAAAAUCGUUUGUGUCAGAUGCUAACUGCAUCCUGAAAUUCGAAGCUGGGAAAAAUGUCAGCUUCACCAUUUCCGCUGUGUCCACACACGACUCUGGGAAGUACAGCCUUGUGGUGAAGAACAAGUAUGGAACGGAGACCAGCGAUGUCACCAUAUUAAGCCACAUGUAGAUGAAAUUAUUGCCACAGAAGAGACAUCUGAUUCAAAAGAAAUCCCCAGAGU